UGCCGAGCCGGAGCAUCUGUUGAGCGCAGGGCGCGGAGGCAGGCGCAGCCCGGCCGGGGCUGAGCGCGGCUCGCUGGAAGCGGCGGCACAUCGAUCACGUUGAUCACACUGAUCGCACUGAUCACAUUGAUCACACGGAUCACAUUGAUCACACGGCCGCGCGGCCAAUUAGCGCCGGCAGCCGGGGCCAGCCCUCGUGCCUGCGCGCUGCCCAUCUAUCGGCGCUAAUUACCGAGACGCUUCAUGCCUACUUUGGAUGGGAAUUAAUUCGAGGCCGGAUAAAUAAUGCAUUAGGGUUUCUCCAGCCCCACGUGGAGCGGCGCCCCGAGGCAGGGCUGGAGCGGCGGCAGCGGCGGCGGGGAUGCGCGGGGCGGCGGCCGGGGCCGGGCGCUGAGGCUGCGGGCAGCGCCCAGCCGGGAGCAUGCUGAGCCCCAAGAUCCGGCAGGCCCGGAGAGCCCGGUCAAGGAGUCUGGUGAUGGGUGAACAGAUUGGGCCUCCCUCCAGACCAUCUUCCCCAAACCCUCAGGAACGUGUGCUGAAGUGUGGCUGGCUCAAGAAACAGAGGAGCAUCAUGAAGAACUGGCAGCAGCGCUGGUUUGUGCUGCGUGGGGAUCAGCUCUUCUACUACAAGGAUGAAGAGGAAACUAAGCCUCAGGGUUUGAUACUACUGCAAGGCAGUCAGGUGAAUGAGCUGCCACCUAAUCCUGACGAACCAGGGAAACAUCUGUUUGAAAUUACUCCAGGUGGUGCAGGGGACCGGGAAAAGAUGCCUGCCAAUCAUGAGGCUUUCCUGCUCAUGGCUAAUUCCCAGAAUGAAAUGGAAGAUUGGGUGAAAGCCAUCCGACGGGUUAUAUGGGCUCCAUUUGGUGGAGGUAUUGCAAAUAGCUCACAUGCACAUAAAUUAAAACAUUUGCCUCAAGGGAUCUUCGGGCAGCGCCUGGAGGACACGGUGCAGUACGAGAGGCGCUAUGGGCAGCGCCUGGCCCCGCUGCUGGUGGAGCAGUGCGUGGAUUUCAUCCGUGAGCGAGGCCUCACCGAGGAGGGGCUCUUCCGCAUGCCCGGGCAGGCCAACCUCGUCAAAGAUCUGCAGGACUCUUUUGACUGUGGAGAGAAACCCCUUUUUGACAGCAACACAGAUGUUCACACUGUGGCGUCCCUCCUGAAGCUUUACCUUCGAGAGCUGCCAGAGCCUGUCAUCCCCUUUGCCAAAUACGAAGACUUUCUUUCUUGUGGACAGCUACUCUCAAAAGAUGAGGGAGAGGGUACCCAGGAACUGGUUAAACAGGUGAAGAAUUUGCCCCAAGCCAACUACAACCUCCUCAAAUACAUAUGCAAGUUCCUUGAUGAAGUUCAGGCUCAUUCCAGCAUUAACAAGAUGAGUGUCCAGAACCUGGCUACAGUAUUUGGACCAAACAUUCUGCGGCCCAAAAUGGAGGAUCCAGUGACCAUGAUGGAAGGCACCUCUCUGGUUCAGCACCUGAUGACAGUGCUGAUCAGUGAGCAGGGGCGGAUCUUUGCUGUUCCUCAGGCGGAUGUGCCAGGGAGCCAGCUGGAGAUCAAACCAAUGCGCCAGCGCAGCACUGUCGAGUGGAUCUCCGAGGAGGACGGGGAGGACAGCAGGUCACAGAACAGCGCUGCCAGCCCCACUGAUUUGCCUUCUGGCAAUGCUGUGGCUCUGGAGGCCACUCCAGGACCUACAGUGAAAAUCACUCCUCCAGAGCAGAGUGGCAAAUCGACCCAGCCUGCCACGAGCCCCAGUAAAAGAGUGCAGACGCUGCCUCCAUGGAAAUACUCCUUCCGCCAGCAGGGAGCACGGUCUGUGAGCCCAAAGCUGGGCAGUUCUUCCUUAGACAUCCCCAACCUCUCCUCCAGUGGGAACUGGUUGAUGAAUGGCCUGUACUCCCUCCGAGGCCAUCGCCGGACAGCCUCUGGGGAGCGAGUGAAAGACUCGUGUUCCUCCCAGAGACUCUCCACUUAUGACAAUGUCCCCUCAUCCAGCCUGUCCCUCAGCACCCACAGCAUGGCCAGCACCACCUGGUCCACAUCAUCCUGUGAGAUCUCCGUGAUGGACUCGGUGAGCAGCUGCCCAGCCUGCCGGGCCACUGACUCUUCUGCUUUGAGCUCCCUAAAAACCGAGUGGGUAACUCAGGGCUCACUGUCCCAGAGCGAGGGCAAGACUGCAGAUCUGGAGAACAGCAUGGACAGGUUUGAAGCCUGCAGCAGCAGCAGCAGUGAACAGAGUGACCCGGCUGCAGCUUCCCGAGACUCUGUCCAAUGCUCCAGGGCCUUACAGAGCUUGGUGGUGGAGCUAAAGACAGAGCUGAGCAAACAGAGGACUGAGUAUGAGACUAGUAUCAAAAGAAUUGAAGAAACAAGUGCAGAUCUGAGGAACCAAGUGGUUAGAUUAGAAGAAGAACUGGACCAAGAACGAAAGAAAUACACAAUGCUGGAGAUAAAGCUGAGGAAUUCCGAACGCGCUCGUGAAGAUGCUGAGAAGAGAAAUUACCUCCUGCAGAAGGAAAUGGAAGAAUUUUUUUCAACAUUGGGAUGUUUAACUGUUGGGAGUCAAAGUGCUAAAGUCCCCAAGUAGAACAAAUAUAGAAAAUCCUAUUCCUGACAAAAUGAGUGAAAAUGCAUAUUUUGUUCUGGUAUACUCAUGUAUCAUGAGUAAUUCUAUCGUGAUUGUGCUCUCAGUGACACUUGCCCUGUUGUCUCUACAUGUGCUAUAGUAUUUGGGCCAGCUGGGAAAGACUGCUGACCACAAAGCUUGAAAAUUUAGUGUCAGAUUGCCAAGAAAUAGUGGGUCCCCUCUGUAUCCACAGAACAAUAAGAUACUCUUCUCCAGAGUGUCCUGAUGCCAUCUUAGGACUCAGCUGCACCAUCCUUUUGUUGGCUCAAGGAGAGUGGAAGGUCCUGCAGAGUGGGUGGAUGGCCAGAACCAACAGACAAGCUGAACCUGGAGCUGAGGGAUCCUCACACUUGUGCUUGGGAAGGUGGCAGUUCUAGCCUGUCACCACGGCCAGGACAUUUGCCAGAUGGAUUUAAUGAGGUGGCUUUCGCCCUACUCCCUCCAUAAAGUUUGUUCAAAUUUCUCAUUCCUAGAGUGAUAUUAUUUUAUGAAGAUAUUGCGAAAACAAGGUCUGCAAACAUGCUGAAGAUACCAAAAUCUUGACAAUUCACUAAAAUUGUCCCUUACCCACUUAAUGUUUUUAGUGUUUCACAAAAAUGCAGCUUUAAAUUAAACUGUGAUUAAUAAUGACAUUGGCUACACAAACUCUUUGGAACUUUAAAUAUGCACAUUUUGCCUUAGGUAUCUGAAGGUUUUCUGAGCCAAAAAUAGAGCAGUAUUAGCUGCAAGAAAAAAAAAUCUUAUGAGAUGAUAUAUGUAUUAAGGCAGAAGAUGGAAGAUCUUUAUCAUCAAAACACAUCCAAACUUUAAUAGCAAAACUUAUGUUCUUACAGGGAUAUGAGGGGACAGGAAGAAUACUGCACACAACCCAUCAUCCCAACUUCCUUACUUCUGCUAAGGAAAAAUCAUUAGAAUGAAGCUGUGAGUUCUGGUAAUUUGCUGCUGGGCUGACUUCCCUUCCACGUGAUUUCAAGAAGUUCUGCAUAGCAUUUGUAACACCCUGUGUCAUGCAGAGCCUGCACACAGAAAAUUGUUUCACCAGAUUCAGCUUGAAUUUCACCUGCAAGCCCAGCAUCGUUCACUUUGUCUUGGCACUCCAUCUUUGACAUCCUGAGGUAGCUUGGGAGUCUCUAAGGAGAAAGAAUUUUAACAAAAAGUGCCACAACAACAUGAACUGGCUAAAGGGAAAGUAUGGACUGUAACAAAGAAGAUUGCUUUAAGUAUUUUGGAAAAGUGCCCUGAAUCUCAUUUCUUACUAGAGAAGACUUUGAUUCACUGUCUGGAAAUAACCUUAGAAUGGGUUUUUACAUACCAGGACAUAGUAAAUACUGAAAGAUACACUUUCUCCUCAGCAUCUCACAGAUAUCCAGGUAUUUCAAUAUUUUGAACAUCUAGGUAUUAACUUGUUUCUAUUGCACUGUAAAACCUCUCCUUAUUACAGAAAUGUAAAAAAUUGUAAACCAUUUAAAGUGAGCAAAAAGCAGAAUUUAAACCUAAUCUUUCCUGGAUAAGAAAUGUCAAGCAAGGUGACACAGUAAAUCAUGUGGAUUGGUGCACUCAGUUAUUUCAAAACCUUUUUCCUACUUCCCAGGCUCUCCAGCUGCCCUGCAUUCCUUACUGCCCCAGCAUGAGGCAGGUACCUGCACGUUCAGGAGCAGCUGCCUGCCACCUGCAGGCAUCGGCAUCAUCCCCAAUUUUUUUUCCCACCUCUGCCUUGAAUUCAUUACCAAUGGUCUCAAGUUAUCAUUUAAGGAAUAAGAUGGCCAUUUAAAACAGCAGCAUAAUCAGAUGCAUAAUGUGAGAGAGAAGCAGUAACAGUGACUGAGCUGGAAAAGCAAGCAGUGUGGCAGGGAGCUGGAGGUACAAGGUCAGUCAUCACAAAAAUAAACCUUAAUAUUGGAGGGUGGUCUAAUGGUUGUAAGUAGAAAACCAGAAAGCAGCAUUCAAUCCCAUUCAGUACUAGUAGCAAGCAGGGUAUUUUAUUGUCCUUUUUUAUUUCUACCCAAAUCAUAGAAGGCUUUCACUGACAGCCCACAGCUCCCUUACGCUAGUUAUAUUGCAUUAUCACCUGUAAGUAUCCAAUGCAGAC